GGCUACAAAAAUCUUACACACAAGAACUACUCUAAAGAACUACCCGAACAUCGCGGCCCGCGCCGCGCCGACGAGGCCGAAGCGCACGCUCUCGAAGCGCUCGGAGCCCAGGUCCCAGGGCCGCGCGUAGACGUGGAGCCGCGUCGCCGGCCGCCCCUCCUCGUCGACGAGCGCGUGCGGGCCGGCGCCGCGGGCCAGGUGGUGGUGCGAGUAGGCCACGAUGCCCUGGCUGUUGAACACGUUCUCGCAGCUCCGCAUGACCAGCUGCCGCGCGUAGUGGCCGGACCGCCGGCCCACGGUGCAGAUCACGACGAUCUUCACGCCGCGCAGCGAGGCCGCGUCGGCGUUCAGCCGGAGCGCCUUCUCGAAAUAACACCGCGACACGCUCCGCGGCAACCGCGCGACGCGCCGCUCCGCCUCCGUGCGCACGUCGACGACGAUCACCUUGGCGUCGUCCUUUUCGCGCAGCGCGAUGAGCUCGUGCGCCGUGAGGACGGGCACGUCGAAGGCGCCGCAGUGGUACUCUGCCUUCCGGAUGAUGGCGCGGUGGCGCUCCGUCAUGCGGUCGUCAUCGUCGUCGUCGCCGUCAUUACUGCACAGCAUGGCGCCGCGACAAGCUGCAAAAGGAGGCGCUGGCAGGCACUGAGGGGGGGGAUUGCCAGCUGUGUACUCGUUGAAUGUUCCGAGAGUCGAAGGCUACAUGGAAGCGACGAUGCCUGGAAUAAUGUUUUUUUGUACAACGGCGCGUGCGCAGUCUAAACAAAGUGUGGUGCACGU